CACAAAAAUAAUGUUUGGGGUUUGUCUAGUAAAUAAAAACGAUUGUAAAACUACAUAAUCAGUUUGAGAUUGCACCACCUUCAGUGUGGAAUUAGGAUAGGUGUAUGAGAGUUCCUCACUGAAUAUGGUGCAAUGUAGAAAUGCCGUGACUGUUUAGCACGAUCUAAUGGGUAUGCUGAUUACUGUGAUCUCUUGUAAUGAGCAAAUAAAAACAACAACAACAAUUAAACAAACAAACAAUUCAAAAGCAGCUUCUCAUUGGACAUUGCGUUGGUGGGGGACCAGCAGGUUCACUCUUACAAUUCAUGUUGAGAAAUGUGUUAGUACCUCUUUCAACCUGAUAACGAUCGUUUAAUGCUUGAAAUCUGGAUUGUUAUAAACAACAAAUGUGAUCAACAUAUUCCACCUUCGUCAUUUUUAAUAAUCUACAAUCCAUUUGGUAAUGAUGGUACUUUUUAAUCACUAUGCCUCUAUUAUUCAUUGCUCUUUCAUAAUCUAGUUUGUAAUAUAUUGUAGAAUGGCCGAGAUGAAAAAUUAGUGACAUGAGCAGACUGUCCUGGAUGUUCAAACUACAGAUCAUUGUACAGUUCCCUCCACAAGUUUAACAAUUUAACAAACAUUCAACUUAUUUAGAUUGACUAGAUUUCUGUCAAAAGACAAAUAAUUAAGCAUAUUAUUUUUUAUGCCUGCGAAACAUAAAGACAUUUAUUAAUGCUUGCCAUUAUCACUUUGGAAUGAAAGAGAGCGAUUUGUUUGAACCGUCAAUGCUUUUUGAAUUAACAGACUUGUACAGAGUCAUACACACACUGUCGAAAUUAUCCAAUUCACCUAAACUGCAGAGGCACAAUAUUGAGGGUUUUUCCAUCCACAAGCCUAGGACUUUAUCCCAAGAAGACAUUUAUAGAAAUCUCAAUUCAUCGGGUGGGGAAGAGGGAGCUUGUGCUGUAGACAAGAGUUGUGUUGAGUUUGCACAUUAUGAUACGCAAAUUCGGAAUGAGGAAAUUUAUCAGGAUUUAUGCUGUAUUGACAAACACUCGACACCCGUUAUUUACGCACCAACAACCAUAAACCAUAGUUUCGAAAAGAGAGAUUACGUUAUAAACGAGCUAGUUGAGACUGAAAAAAAUUACAUUGAUGUUUUAAAUACUUUAUUGAAACAUUUUAUCCGGCCUUUGACUUCAAUUAUCAAAGACGAUGAUAUGAAAACAAUAUUCGGGGGGAUCAAGGAGCUUUAUGAAAUCCACAUGGGCUUCCAUAUCCAACUAUUGAAAGCUGUAACUCCAGGAAGUGGGUUUAAGCUCAGCGAGGCAUUUUUGAAUUGGCGAGAGCAGUUUCUAGUUUAUGGAGAGUACUGUGCCAACCUGACCAAAGCCCAGUCAAGAAUAGUUGAGAUUUCUAGAAAUGAAAUUGUCAACCAGAAACUAAUUAAAUGUCAGCAGGAGGCAAAUAAUGGCAAAUUCAAACUAAGAGACAUACUUUCAGUCCCAAUGCAAAGAAUCUUGAAAUAUCACUUACUACUUGAAAAACUCAUCAGUGAAACCCAACCGAAUCAUGAGGAUUUUCGAGGGUUGGAGAGAGCCAGGGAAGCAAUGGUUGAUGUUGCACAAUAUAUCAAUGAAGUCAAAAGAGACAGUGACACAUUACAAAUCAUGGCAGACAUUGAGGAAAGCAUAACCGAUUGGGAAAGCAAACAAACAAAGUUGACCAAUUUUGGCCGCCUCCUUAAGGAUGGUGAUUUGCGGAUCAAAGAUCACCACAUUCAAAAGAUCAAGCCUAGAUAUGUCUUCAUUUUUGAUAGAGUAAUGAUACUGUGUAAAGCAGUCAGGGAUCAAUACAGCUUCAAAGCUUGCUUGUCCCUGGCGGAUUUCAAGGUGGAAGAUGCGUCUUGUAGGAAAACACUUCAUAGAGACGCUCGUUGGAACUAUCAUUGGUAUCUAGUAAGAAAGUCUGAAUCAACUGCUUAUACACUUUAUGCAAGAACUGAAGACCUUAAACGCAAAUGGAUUAAAGCAAUUCAAGAUGCACUAGAUAACAUUGAACCUGCAGGCUGUAGGUCAACAGACCAUAACUUCAGCAUGCAUACAUUUGAUAAACCAACAACAUGCACUCAUUGCAGUAAAUUUCUCAAAGGAAUUAUAUUCCAGGGAUACAAAUGUGAAAAAUGUAAUUUGGCUGCUCACAAAAUGUGCAUUGUAAAUACUGGACGAUGUGGAUCAAGGCAGCCACCAGAGUUACCACCUCGACCGGACAAACCUGAACAGGAACUCUCAGUUCAUCCCAUUGUGCCAAAAUCCACAAGUGACGUAUUCCCUGAAUCUUGCCGGACUUGGACUGAUCAUGGUGAAUUAGUGGAAUACUUAUGGUUUGUCGGAGAAAUGGGCCGGGAAAAGGCAUCACGUCUUCUCGAAAGUCAAGUUGAUGGAACUUAUUUGCUCAGAAUACGGCCUCAAGGAGCAACACAUCCAAAUGAAACUGUCUAUGCUCUUAGCCUUAAAGCUGAUGAUAAGGUAAAACACAUGAAAGUCUAUGAAAAGGAGAAAGAUGGGACAACUCAUUUUUAUUUAUCAGAAUCCAGGUUUUUUCCAUCUCUUGUUGAGCUGAUUAAUUGUUAUGAACAUACGAGCCUUAUAGAAAAUUUCAAUGGUCUUGAUGUAUGCCUGAGAUGGCCUUUCAGAAGAAUCAUAGCUGUUGCUGAUUUUGAUUUCAAUCCUGCUGAGUCAAAUCAGCUUCCAUUGAGGCAAGGAUGUCAGGUGAUAAUAUUGAGCAAGGAGGGUGAUCAUAAGGGAUGGUGGAAGGGUAUGAUUCAAGACAGAGUGGGAUUCUUCCCAAAAGUUUAUGUCAGAGAGGUUUCAGACACGCUUCAAAAUUCUGACUUACUCUGAAUAUAAUAGAUGUUAUCUUUGCGCUGCUUUAUAGAAAAAGCUAUUUAAAAACAAAAGUUGACUCAUUCUUUUAAUAUUCUAUAAAAGAAAGGGGCAGAUAAAAGAGGCUCAACUAUUUACAUAAAUUUAGAAGAAGAAAAAAUAAAAAAUAACGAAGUUACCAGUAUGUGUCAAUACUACAACAAUGCAAAUUUUUAAUAAUGUUGGUUGAUCAUACGAAAUCAACUCACGAUUUGCAUAUUCUUGUUAGAUUUGUUGUUGAGGUUUGAACAAACCAAAAGCUGUUAUAAAUUUAAAAAAGCUUUUAUUUUUAAUAUUUUAUUUCAAUCGAAAUGCUGCCUUUGUGCCACUGAGUCCCACUUUGAAUAUUGGUACAAAAAAAUUAUAUAUAUUAUUUUAUAGAAAAAUACAAAAAAAGGUGUAUUUUUCAUCACUGUUUCAUAAUUGCUUGCAAAACGCCACACUUUAAAAAAUUGCUCAAUUGCAUGAUCCAGUGAUUGAAGCUUUGUAACUUAAUAUGCCACAUUCUAGCAUGGACCACAUCGUAUAGUCAAGUGGUAUGGUGAGAAAAUCUGCCAGUCAAAUAAAGGUGCAUUAAGAAAUAAUAUUUUUAAAACAAUUAUGAAAUAUUGUUUCAACUACACAGGUAAUAAAACAGAGAAAACAGUAUCUCAUUUUCAUUUUUUGUUUUUAUUAAUAUUAUUAUUAAACCCCAUUUUAAUGGAUCUUUGUGGUGCAGCUGAAACUCAUUUUAUUACAAGUCAUCACUGAAAAAUAAAGAGAUCUGGUUAAAAAGUUAGUUUUCUAACCACAACAAAUGAUUUUUCCUUUAUUGGAAAAGCAACCUUGCACAUGUGAAAUCAGCUGUUGUCCUUUCAUCUUUUGCACAGCAUACGUUCUCUUACACUCAACGUACUUAGUCACUUUAAUAUUUUAACAUGUUUAUCUAAUUUUUUAAUUUGUUUUAUUGUGAAUGUACAACACAGACUAGAUAGAUGUAUGCCAUAUUUAGAGCUUUAAUUGUAUUGUAUUCAGGUACCUGAAGACACAGUUGAUGUAAAAAAAAGUGUCAAGUGUUGAAAUAUUGUGUUUGGUGUUCUAAAUAUUCUAUGCCCACCUAUCCCACAUUUUUGUCUUAGCAUUCCAGAAAAAAAUCUGAGAAUCAUAGUUUAAAUAAAUCAGUUCAAAAAGAUUUAAUUAAAGUACAACAUUUUUAACUGUAUUAGUGGCAGAAUAAGUAGAAAUGCUUUUAUCAGAAUAAACAGCUUAUUUGUUUAUGUAUUUUAUCUCUAUAUAUUUUUAAUUAUAAAUGUUGUAAAUAAGAGAUAAAAAUGUACAUAAUUGAUAUUUUAAAGUGUAGCUUAAUAGCCUGUGAUAUUGUAUGAGUAAGCAAAUAGUUAUAUAUAUAUAUGUAUUAUGUUUUCCAUAUAGAUAGAAUUGUAAUUGUUAUAUUUAUGUAUAAGAAGUAUAUUAUAUUGAAGUUAUGUGAAAUGCUUAAAAGAAAAAAGAAAAACACACUUGUUUUGUUGUAAAUGUGAAAAAAAUUGUUGACUAAUUCAAAAUUGCAGUACUGAAGAAAAAAUGUUGUUGCUGAAAAAGUCAGUAAAUAAAUGUGUCAUUUACUAAAAUAA